UGCCUUUCGCUUCCCAUGAUGCAAUGUCAUUUCUUUGUUGUUGUUUUUAAGUCGAAUCAUAAUCGUACGUUUAGUUUUCAUCCAAUCAUGCUUGACGCUUGAUAAAGUGAAGUGAAGAUUUGAAAAUGUCAAACCACAAAAUAUACUUUUGUUUAGUUUUUUGCUGCAUCUUUGCUAAUUUUGAUGCAAAAUCCUACAGACCUGUAGCUGUUAUUCAUGGCAUUCUCACAGGGGAUGACAGUAUGGAAGAGAUUACAAAUCACAUUCAAGAGAUGCAUCCGGGAACAUUGAUCAACAACACUGGACGAUACUCUGGUUGGAGCAGCUUAGACCCAAUGUGGAAACAAGUAGAAGAAGUAGGAAAAGAUAUUUUAGCCUUUGGUGCUCAGUUUCCCGAUGGAAUUAAUUUACUGGGUUAUAGUCAGGGAGGAUUGUUAGCUAGAGCAAUUCUGCAAAGAUUUCCUGAACACAACGUUAAAAAUUUUAUUUCUCUCAGUUCUCCACAAGCUGGACAAUACGGAACACGUUUCCUGCACUUAAUUUUUCCAGAUUUAUUCUGUGAAACAGCGUAUGAAUUAUUUUAUUCAAGGCUUGGACAACACACGAGUGUUGGAAAUUAUUGGAAUGAUCCACAUCAUCAAGAAUUAUACUAUAAAUACAGCACAUUUCUUCCAUUAAUCAAUAAUGAGAAAUAUUUUAAUAGUACCAUAAAUCUGAAAGCUGGUAUAACCAAACUAGACAAGAUGGUACUUAUCGGAGGUCCAGACGAUGGAGUCAUUACGCCAUGGCAAAGUGCACAUUUCGGUUAUUAUGAUGGAAAUGAGACUGUCGUAGAAUUAAGAGAUCGUGAGACAUAUCGCGACGAUUUAAUUGGGUUAAAAACCUUAGACAAAAAGAAGAAAUUAAUAAUAUUAUCUGUACCAGGAAUUUCUCAUUAUGAUUGGCAUACGAACGUAUCAAUUGUAGAUCACUUUUUAUUGCCUUAUUUAAACUAAAUCAUCAAAUUCAAUUAGUAAAGUUUGAAUCUCUUCAAUAUGAGAAAAUAGUGAAAUUUAACUGAUACUCAAUAAGUUAAAAGAACUUAGCAAUAUACUAAAAGAUGUGACAAAUAUAUUUGUGAUUUAUGUGCCAAGCAAUAUCGUAACAAAACAAUCGAUACCAAUUGCAUCAAGUUUAAGUUAAUUAUACUUUUAAAGAUCAACCAGACGAUUUUCUAUGAUUAAAUUUCACCGAGUUGAUUCUAUUAUAGGUACCAUUAAAGAAAUGUGACAAUUUGUGUUAAAUAAAAAAUAUUUUUAUAUCUACACAAACGCACAAUAUAAAAUGUAAACAUAUUUAUCGUGAAAGAAGUGAAAAUAUUUUGCCAAAUACAGAAAGUGCGCACUCACAUACUUACACACUUAAAUGAAAUUAUCGGUUUAAAAAAUAAAUAAUACUCAUAAUUAUUGACAAGUCUGA